UGCAAGUUUUUACGCUUAAGUGCGCGUGCACGUGUUAUACAAACGUAGUAUGUGUUACGUUAUAAUUGAAUUAAUCGAAAAUAAUAAAUAAAUUGCAUGCAAUAUUAAAAGAAAAUGGGCCCAACAAAAAAUCAGGAGACUCAUAGACCGGGGGCUUUUAAGCAAACUAAUAAAGCUCAUAAAACAGGAAGACACCGAAGUAAAGGAGUCAUCAAUAAUGAGGUUAAAGGCAAACAAAGCGUAAAAGUAAUAUCCAAGCAAAUUCAUAAGAAUUUAAACAGAGAUGCUAGAAGACAUCAGUCUUUGCAAUUAAGAAAAAAAAAGAUGGAAGAAAUGUUAGCACAGAAGCGAAAGCUUGGUAAAGGAUCCGACUCUGCACCUAUUCUGAUAUGCAUAAUACCAUUGCAAGAAGAUUUGAAAUUAGAAAAUAUUGUUUACAAAUUGAAAACUGCAGAUGAUACUAUAAACUUUUAUAGAAGCCACUGUGGUAUUUUUCAUAUGAAUAUACCUAGAAUGAAACAACGUUUCUCAAUAAUCAUUCCUCCUAUUAAUGAUUUUUAUGGAAUAUUGGAUGCAGUUAAGGUCGCAAACACUGUGCUAUUUGUUACUUCUGCUAUCAAUACGUUCAAUGGAACCGUAACAGAAGAAAUUAUAGAUAAAUUUGGCAAUGAAAUAUUAUAUGCUUGUUUAUUACAAGGUUUACCUACUUCUAUCGUUGCUGCUAUCAAUGUAGACAAACUCCCUUCCAAGAUACAUCAAGGCUAUAAACAACGUGUAAUACAGAGUAUUUCAAAGUAUCUACCGGAAGAAAAAGUAUUCUCUUUGGAUACCCCCACUGAUUCAUUAAAUGUUUUACGGCGGGCAGCUACACAAAAACAAAGAACUGUAACAUACAGAACAAAAAGACCAUACUUAUUAGCCGAUCAAUUAAAGUAUAUUUCUAAUGAGAGUUCGGAUGAUCAAGGAACUCUACAGAUCACAGGAUAUUUACAAGGUUCACCAAUAUCUGUGAACGGUUUAAUACAUAUCCCUGGUUUUAAAGAUUUUCAAUUGUUACAAAUUGAUCUCAUCAAUGACCCGUAUGAGAUAAGGAAUAAUAAGCAGCUUAAACAAUCUGAGCCUUCUCCAAUGACUGUAAUAAUGGAUAAUGAAUUUUUAUUUCCUGACAUGGAAAAUCAUGCAAAUUUUCGUGUAAAUUGUCGUGUAAAAUCCCACCUACAGAUGACUUGCAUUAUGACACUAGCUUAUGCAAAUCCCAAUAAACAAGAAUCGCUUGAAAGUGAAAAUAUACCAGAUUUAAUGGAUGCAGAACAAACUUGGCCAACCGAGGAAGAAUUAGCACAGGCUGAGGCUGCUCAGAAGAAAAAGAUUGUUAAAGUGGUACCAAAAGGAACCUCUGCGUACCAAGCAGCUUGGAUUCCUGACGAGGACGCUGAAGAUUUGAGCGAAUGCUCGGAGAACGAAUCCGAAGAUAAAAUGUCUGUGGAUGAUGCAAAUUCUCAAGCAGAUAACGAAACUAACAUGGCAUCCGAUGAUGAAGAAUAUGAAACUAUAACGAUAUCGGAGGCAGCAUUUGAUGAAUGUAAAUACGAUCAGGAUAUCGACAUGAUGGAAGAAAAGGAAGCUAUGGAGAAAAUAAAUCGAGCAAAGUUGGACGCCCAAUUUCCCGACGAAAUAGAUACACCUCAGAAUAUGUUGGCUAAAGUUAGAUUCCAAAAGUAUCGCGGACUUGAAUCAUUUCGUACAAGUCCUUGGGAUCCCAAAGAAAAUUUACCGCCGGAAUAUGCACGAAUAUAUCAAUUUGAAAAUUUUGAUCGAACGCGUAAACGAAUAUUUAAAAAGAUAAAUCCAAAAAAUGAAAUAAAGAACUGUUUUCAGGGAAUGAAUACAGCUUUGCCUGGUUGGUACAUUAAACUUCAUGUUGCCAAUGUUUCUAGAACUACUUUUACUGACCUUAGUAUAUCAGACAACCGACCAGUAAUCGUCUUUGGAUUACUUCCAAAUGAACAGAAAAUGUCUCUUUUAAAUAUUGUAUUAAAACACGCUAAUGUCUAUCAACAAGCUAUAAAGUCUAAGGAGAGAUUAGUGUUCCAAUGUGGGUUCCGAAGAUUUUCGGCUUGUCCAAUAUUCAGCCAACAUACAAACGGAUCUAAGCACAAGUAUGAGAGAUUUUUCCGUCCAGAAAUGAUUGUAGUUGCGAGCAUGUAUGCACCAAUUAUUUUCCCGCCGUGUCCGGUUUUAUGCUUCAUUGAACAUAAAGAUGGUAGAGAACUAAUUGCUAGUGGAAGUGUUCUAUCUGUCAAUCCAGACAGAAUUGUCGUAAAAAGGGUGGUUCUCAGCGGGCAUCCCUUUAAAGUACACAAAAAUUCUGCUAUAGUGAGAUUUAUGUUUUUCAAUCGCGAAGAUAUCAAUUGGUUUAAACCCGUGCAACUUAGGACAAAAUACGGACGCAGAGGACACAUUAAAGAGCCAUUAGGUACGCACGGCCACAUGAAAUGUUUUUUUAACGGACAGUUGAAAUCUCAAGACACCAUAUUGAUGAAUCUUUAUAAACGGGUAUUUCCCAAAUGGACGUACGAACCUUUGACGUAGAAGCUACCAUUAGAAAAUACUUUACUACGGUAGAUUAAUAAUGGAAAUCUAAUUUACGUUUAAAUAAUUAUAACUUCAAUUUAUGUUGAUUUAGUAACAGGAUAACUCAAAGUUAUGCGAUUUAUUUCGAUUUUAAUGAAAAAUAGUAAUUCAUUUAUUAUAUAAUAUUAAUUAAACAGAUAUGUUGGAUCUUCUUCUUGUACGAGUCCUAACAGGCUGUAGGCUUCGUAUACGAAGAUAACUCAACCGGCGUUCUCUCUCGUGUUCCUCCAUGGUAAUUUUGUUUAACAGAAGAGGGCCAGAUAUCAUCAUAAUAAUAGCACCUAGUGGUGCUAAAAAUAUUACAGCUACGAUUGAAAUUCUAACCACAUCGAGCGCCAGUUCGAUGUGUUCUGGAUCUUCUUCUGUUGUUCGUUGAUAAGCCAUUGGUGCCAAUGCAGCCUACAGAAUUUUAAAUUAAUUUUUUCAAUUAUUUUUUUAUCAUUUCUCCUGAGUAUAACAGUAAUUAUAACAGUGAACUAAAUGAAACAAUUUGAAAAAUUUGUUUUAUGAUUAAUUUUGUAUCACAUCGAUAAUUAAUAUUCAAAAAUAAAUCAUAAAAUAAAUUUUAACAAUUAUAAUAGCAAUUAUUUUUAAGACCAUUGAGAAUAAAUUAAAUAAAUAUCAACCUGAAGAGUACCCUUAGGGAUCCAAGCAAGAGCGAUGAAAGUUCUUUCCUUCCAAGAAAAGUGGGUCUUAAUUGUUGAUAAAAUGGCGGUGAUGCAACGUGUCUAAAUAAAUUAAUUUUCCAAAAUUAAUAAAAGAUCUCGUCGUAAUUUAUAUUUACAAAGAAAAGCUUACUAUUAGACCGAUGAGUAUGCAAGUACAAUAAAGACCAAAUCUUGAUAAAGACCAAUCCUUAAAAUCAAUAUCAGCUCCAAUAA